AUGGGACCUACUUCCAAAGCUUCAGGCCAUGUUGCUGAUUUUUUAAAUAAGAGAGGAUUUGGAUGGCUUAUGGAAGUUCAAGAAACAUCGGAUGAGGAAUAUCAAAAACCUCUUUUAGAAGAAUUGGAUGUUGAUUUGACCGAUAUCUACUACAAGAUUCGUUGUGUACUAUUUCCCUUUCCUUUCCUUGGCUUCAAAAAGAAAAUCAUUCGCGAUAAUCCUGAUUUUUGGGGACCCCUUCUGGUGGUACUAAUAUUUAGCGCUUUUUCUCUUUAUGGGCAGCUUCAAGUUAUUUCUUGGAUUAUCACAGUAUGGAUAAUUGGUUCUCUGGUAAUAUUCUUAUUAGCAAGAGUUUUAGGAGGAGAGGUCAACUAUUCGACUUGUUUAGGUAUUAUCGGAUACUCUUUAUUGCCACUGGCAGUUACUGCGACUGUUAUUCCUGUUGUACGAUUUAGUAGAUAUCUAACUUUAGCCGUGGAGGUUUUAGGUGUUAUAUGGGCAUCUUACAGUGCUGGAUCAUUAUUAGUGGAUGAAGACUUGAGCAAAAAGCGACUACUGUUAUUUUACCCUACCUUUCUCCUAUACAUUUAUUUCUUGUCAUUAUAUACUGGUGCAUAG